GACCGUUCGUUCAAACAACGCUAAACAUCAAAAUCGGCCGAAUUUGUGUUCAAAAUGGGAAGGUAUAAAUGUGCCUACAACUGUGAAAGCUCCAGCGAUCCAGAAGUGAAGUUUUUUAAGUUUCCACUUUACAAUCCCCGAAAACUCAAGAAAUGGCUUGUCAACAUGAAGUGGAAGGACUGGACUCCGUCCCGCUUUUCUGUGCUGUGCGUCAAUCAUUUUGAGGAGCAAUACAUUGACAGAACAGGCAAAUGUGUGAAACUCAGAGAAGAUGCAGUUCCCACCAUAUUUUCAUCGCCCGAUGACACACAGAAAAGGAAGGCUUCCAUCAAACCAAGAAGUAAGAGACACAAGCCACAUGGUAAAGCCUCACAGAUGAGUCCAGCUCAGUCUCCAACAACCUCUCCUGCCACAGGGAAGCGAAACGUUCAAAACAAAGAGACCGGCCAGACAGAGCCAGAGCCUGCACGAGACAAAGACUCAAAAAAAUCUGACAAAUGGAGGAUCAUAGUAGAUGAAGGGCUGAUGAAAAUUGAGUCAUUUCCUCAUUUCUUCCAUGGAGAUUACUGUGUACCACAGGAUAUUCAGUGGGCUCCAGAUGAUGAUUUCAGUACAGAAUGUAAAGAUCGUGAAAACCUAAUAGAGGUGAAAGAACCAUGGCAGUGGCUUGGUCUGGAUGUCAGAGGACCCCUGCCCCAAACACUGAAUGGACACAAAUACAUUUUGACUGUGACGGAUUAUUACUCCAAGUGGGUGGAAGCUGUGCCCAUGCAGUCGUGCCUCCCUCCACAUGUGGCAAAACACAUCGUGGACAUCAUCGCCCACUUUGGAUACCCGUUCAGAAUCCUCUCAAGGCUGCCUCAUGACAUAGUCCACAAAAUCAACAGAGAGCUAAAAGAUCAGCUGAAGGUCACCAUCGCUCUCGUCGUCUAUCAUCAGCAGACCGGCACUGCAGAUUUGAUCACACAGCAGCUCAUUGACAGGAUGGUUAGUGAUCUAAUACAAGAGCAUGCGGCUGACUGGGACGUCUACCUGCCUGCCAAAGUUUUCAGUCUGUGUUUCAAAGAGCAUUCAAAGACCAAGGAGAGGCCUUUUUCAAUGCUUUGCUGUGGAGGACUGGAGCCUGUCCAGUCCCCCAGAGGACUUAAUUAUGCUUAUUCCAAGAUCAGAGAAAGUGCUUUUGUGGUUAGAUAGGUGUUUAUCGGGUCAAUGAAAGUGGAUACCAAACUGGACUCAGGGAGGAAGAAUAUUUUUCAGUCAUGAAAGUAUUUUGACGUAGUCGAAGAUUGUUAUGCAAAAGUGCUAUUGUACUUCACUUCAUGGCCACAAUAUGGGAACAUGAGAACCCUGGUAGUUUGGUGAAGAUGAGGACUUUGCUGACUGCACAGAUUUUGGAGAUGAAACUGCAAACGUUUGUAGCAUCUUCUACAGGACGCAUUAAAACUGUUGGUCCAUCAAGUCAGUAGAAGGCCAUUUUCAGUUCAGUUUUGUAUCAAAUUUUUGGAUGUGAAAUUGUAUAUCUGUUGUUUAUAUUGUACCACAAUGAACUGUCUCAAAGUGUACAAAAUGCAGUGUGGUACCAGAAUGGAAGUCAAGAUCAGGUCAGCACACUUUAUGUAAAAGUGAUGUAAGUUUAGGCUUGAGGCAUCUGAGUCUGAUGGACAACAUUUGGUUUUUACAUUAGGAUUUGUUUGUGUCUUGUGAGUUGGUGUCCUGUUUCAAGUGCCCCCAAGUGGUAUUUCUUGAGAAAGUAUGAGUCAGUGUUAGUCCAGCCAGUUCAGUUAAUAUGAGCUGGCAAAUUUAAGGCUGUUUUUUGCUGUUGCUUUUUUUUUUCCAUAAAAUGUAAAA